AUGGCCGGCCAUCCACUACCGCACCACUCCACCCGUUCCUCUCGUUCUAGCCGUUGCAACCAUUCGAGCCCCUCACAUGAGUGCUGCAGUCGUGAACACAGUGCCUGCGACCAUGAUUGCAGCUGUGCCGAUUGCCGGCCGCUGGGUGAUUGCCGUCAUCAGGACGGCAACGUGGCGGCGAUGGCGGCCGCGGUGCGGCAAGGCCGGGUGUCGCGGCAAUCCCUAGAGCGGCACUACCGGGGCAAGUGCGUGCAGCUGAAUCCGGAGAUUAACGCCGUCUGCCACCUCGCGCGCGCGACUCCAACUCCAACUCCACCACCGCCGCUGCUAUCUGCGACUCCUAUACCUCUAUUAGUAAACUCAGGAACAGCUUCAGGAACAGCUUUAGGAACAGGGGCGUUAGGAGCGUCAGCUGACAGUGGUGAUGCUCUUCCGUCUGCUGCUUCCGUCGAGCGGCCUCUUGAGGGUGUGCCCUUCCUCGUCAAAGACCUGGUGCACGUGGCAGGUCAGCCCACAGCAUGUGGCGACGAGCGACUAGCGGCCCAGCCAGCUCCUCCCACCUCUGCCUCUGCCGUCUCCCUCCUGCAAUCCCUCGGUGCCGUGCCCCUUGGCAAGACUAACGUGCCACAUCUAUCAAUGGACUUUCAGACGUUCAACAGCCUGUUUGGCGUUACCAGCAACCCUAUCAACCAAUCACUCACACCUGGGGGAAGCUCAGGAGGGUCAGCAGCAGCGGUGGCAGCAGGCAUGGUGCCCUUUGCUCUCGGCACUGACCUUGAGGGCUCCCUUCGACUGCCGGCGUCCUUCUGUGGCAUCUGUUCCCUGCGCCCCUCGCGUGACCGCUGGCCAGUGCUUGCCAGUGACGUACCUCUCCCAUCGCUCGCCCUCCUCUCAUCCCUGCACACGUACGGCGUCUUCACUGUCAGUCCCUCCUGCCGCUUCCCCUCAUGCUAUGUUCACCUGUCAUCGUUUCUGUCAAACUUGUUCUCGCUUCGACACUUUCCCUCCAUCCUCUCCUCCCCUUCCCCGUACCCCUCCCCCCUGCCCUUCCUCUCCCCCUCUUCCCCAUCUUUCCCCCUUUCCCCCCAACCCCCCUGCUCCCCCUGCUCUCCCUCUUCCCCUCCCCAGCGCACCAUGCGGGAUCUCCACUUCAUCAUGACAGCUGUCGUCUCCCGCCUCCCACCUCCACUCCGCCCUUCCCUUCCAACUCAACCACCUCCUCUCUCCCCUCCUCCCCAUCCUCUGCCACCCUCACAUCUCCCUCCUCCUCCUCUCCGUGUGGCUUUGUCCCUGCAUCUCCCCGGCUCGCCUAUCGACUCACGUGUCUCAUAUCUCUUCCGAGCGCUUGCCGCAACCUCCGCUGCUGCCACGGGCGGUGCAGCCGUUCCAGGCUGCGCUACUACUGUGGCUUUCUCGGAUGCUGAAAAUGCUUCUGGUGGUGGUAGUGCGUGCAGAGAGCAGCAGCAGCAGCAGCAGCAGCAGCAGCUGCGCCCGCCACAGAAGUAUGAGAACGGGCGUCGCGUGGAGUUUGUGUUGGUGGAGGCUCCGAGGCUGGACUUUAGAGCUCUGGACAAGGCAUCCAAGGCGUUCAUCUUUGCAGCGCACCAGCUCGGUGGUGGGAAGAGCAGUAAACAUGGCCCGGGCGAUGCAGCACAGCAUGCUAGGAAGAGCUUGGAGGAGGAAGCGGAGGCGGAGAGGGAAAGGGAGAGGCAACUGUGGGAGGCGGAAGUGGUAGCAGCACGGAGGACACAGGAGCAGCAGCAAGCAGUGUUGGAUUCGUUUCUGUCAGAGAACCAGCUAGCUGCUUGGAUUUUACCAGGUCACCCCGUGGUCAGCAUGCCCCUUGGCUGGGUGGAUGGGCUUCCAUGCGGCAUGCAGGUGGUGGGGCACAUGGGCCAGGACAUCCCUCUGUUGCACCUCUGCUGCCGCAUUGAAGCGCACCUGCAACAGGUUGGGUUAGGUCUGGGACCAGGACUGGGUAUGGAACAAGGGGGAAAAGUUGCCGCCAUCAUGUGUUCCCCGCCUCCCCUCUUUGCCCGUCCAGUACGCAGCUGCCUCUGA